UUGUUGAAGGUUGGUAAUAUUCCUUACAAUUCUAUAUGGUUUAAAUUUUCUUGCAGAAAAUGAAUAUAGGAAAUAAAGUUUAUCUAAAUAAUAUUGACCAGAUAGAUGAAAAAUCAUAUAUCAAAGUUUGGGUCCUUAAAAUUUGGAACUUUAUCAGAAAUAAUAAAGUUUGUUCAAUGGAAAUGGUCCUGAUGGACGAGGAGGGUACACAAUACCAUGGUCGUGUCUUCAAUCAGAAUUUCUCCAGAUUUCGUCAUCUCUUAAAGGAAGAUGAAAGUUAUAUAGUUAUAAAACCAAAUAUGGCUGCUGUUACUAAUGGUUUUAGUUAUACAGGUCAUAAACAGACCUUAACUUUGGAUUGGAAAAGCAUCCUAAAAAAAUGUGAUGAUUUCUCGGGUUCGGUCAAUGGAUUUAUGUUUGUUGACUUUAAUUCUAUCAUAGAACAAACAUGCCCAAGAGAAACAUUUUUUGUUGUGUUUUUGGUUAUACAUUUUAUUAUUUAAAUAUUACAAUUUUAAUGGUCUAGUUUAUAAGCAUUAUAUAAAACUCACUCUUAGCAACCUAGAGUGAGAUUAUAUUAAAUUAUUAUUUAUUUAUUAUCUUUAAUUAAUCAGAAAUUAAUAUUAAUAUACGAUUUUUUGGUUUAUUUAGUUUUGUACAUCUGAAGGUUACUAUUUUUGGAAGUCAAGCAUAUCAAAUGUAAGAAUACCUACAAAAUAACCCGACGGUUAAUUGUGUUGUUAUCGUGAUGCAGUUUUUGAAGCUAAACAUUUGGAAUGGUAUUGGUGAAGCUAAAAGUCAUUUUGAAGUAACAAAAAUGUUCAUAAAUUCUGACAUUUUUGAAAUAAAUGAGUUUAAAAAUAAGUUAAUCGGUAUAAGUGAAAAAAAGCAUAACUACACUUCAAAGCUACUCUUCUUCAUAUACAGAUGACUUUAAGGGCAAUUUUUCAUUAAAAACAAUUUGUGAGAUCACAGAACCAAUUAAGGAAAUGAAGUUUUUAUUAGUUGCUUCAAUUGUUAAUAUAAGACAGAAUCUACCAUGGUAUUAUGAAGCAUGCAAAAAAUGUGGGAAAAAAAUAAUCCCUGUUCCCAAAGCCAAUCAUUCGUAUACCGACCCUGAAAAAAUUUCAGAAACUAUGGUUGUCGGGUGUACAAAUGCACAAUGCAAAAAAUCUGAAAUUCAAACAGUUAUAAAGUAUAUAAUUCCAAUUAACGUACAAGAUUGUACUGGAACCAUUGGAUUGACUCUUUUUGAUAGGGAAGCAAAGAGGCUGUUAAAUAUAAGUGCAUACGAGUUGAAAAAAAAUACAUGAUGUGGCCGGAGACAGUGAAGGACUAUUUCCAAUGCAACUUAACGUGUUGAAAAACCGCAAGUUUGGUUUUCUUGUAGAUAUUACAGAAUACAAUGUCAACAACUAUAAUAAUAUCUACACAGUUCUCAGAGUUACAAAAGAUAUGUCCAUUGUUUAUGAAUUGGAAAGUAAAAUAGAACUUAUGAGUAUUCAAUCUGUCUCCUUAAAUCAAGUUGCUUUGGAAUCCGAUGAUGUUGUACAGCCUGUUCAAAAGCAUGUGAUCUCACAAACAGAUGAAAGUUUUACACACUCAACAGUUGAUAAGUCAACCGCAACAAGUCCAAGCAAAAUAUCAAGUUCUUUAAAGCGCAACCUCCAAGAAAUUUAUGAUGUUGAUUUUGGAGAUGAUUUAAGUUGCACUAAGUCUAAAAGAAAGUCAACUGUAGAGGAAGCUCCACUCUUAAUUCCAAAAUUGGAGAAGUGA